GAAUGGCUUCAAUAGCAUCAGCUUUUUCAGCAGCAGAGAUAAUUCCACAAAUAUUGCCUGAAGCUCCAAAACAAAAAUUAAAUGUUAUGUUCAAUGGAGUUCAGGUAGAGCCUGGAAAUGAAUUGCCCGUUCACCAUCUUAAGAAUGCACCUCGUGUAACUUUAAAUGUCGACCCUGAGAGUACAUUUUCAAUUGUUAUGAUUGACCCAGACAAUCUUUCAAGAAAAAAUCCAAGUGUAGCAGAAUGGCUACAUUGGUUGGUUGCAAACAUUCCAGCUUCCAACAUUUUGGAAGGAAUUAAUGGGGGGCAACAUCAACAACCUUAUGGAUCCCCUGCCCCUCAACCAAGGACUGGAGAUCACCGCUAUAUAAUAGUUCUUUUUGAACACCAAGGUCGUCGCCUUCAAGUUCCAAAAUACAAUACCAGAGCUAAAUUUUCUUUGAAAAAAUUUAUGGAAAAACAUCAAUUAGAAGGAUCAUUAUUGGCCGCUAACUAUUUUAUAGCAAAAAACCAACAGCAGUAA